UGAUUCGCUGUCAGACCGCGGCGCGGAAAAGAUGACGCCAGUGGCGUCGCAGCAUCUGCUCGAGCCGGUAAAUCCGGUAGAUGUGAUUAGAUUCGAUCGCAGUAAAUGGUAUUGAAAUUUAAAAAUUAAUUCGUCUCUUAAGACGUUCAUUUUUCACAUUCGUAAAAUACAUAAGAGGGCUACUGCGAACACUUCUCUUCCAUUGGUCGCCUGAUUGCGGGGCAAAGUCCGCAGUAAGCAUGCUUUUAUAGCUGGAGUCUGCUUGAACUUGACGAGUUACGAUUUACUACUAGGAUUUAUUAUCACAUAUCCACAUGCUUGGAAUCCGCUCCCAGGACCUGAUCUGAUACAAGGCUGUUAUCAUUGGUGGAUGCAGCGAACGGAAGAAGAAUGAUAAGGUUAUCUAAGUGUAGGUUCCUUCCAUGUGCACAUUAUUUAUUGAAGUAACGAUAUUUUUGGAUAAAAAAAUAUCGCAUCGAAGCCGAACAAGGAUUGACGAUGACGGAGCACGAGCAAAACGCAAUGUUCGUGCGCCUGAUGUCGGCGUUAUUUUACGGACUGUCAUCGUUUAUGAUAACGGUUGUCAACAAAACCGUGCUCACGUCCUUUGCCUUUCCGUCCUUUCAAGUGUUGGGGAUCGGCCAGAUGUUGGCGACGAUAUUAGUGUUGUUCGUCGCCAAGAAACUACGUUACGUCGAGUAUCCCAAUCUGGAGGUGACAACGUUCACCAAGAUGUGGCCAUUACCCUUGAUAUACAUCGGCAAUAUGAUAUUCGGACUGGGUGGCACGAAGCAACUGAGCUUGCCGAUGUUCACCGCCCUGAGGAGAUUCAGUAUCCUCAUGACGAUGAUCGCCGAGUAUUAUAUUCUUGGCAUUAAAGCACGCAUGUCUAUACAAUUAAGUGUUUAUACCAUGAUUCUGGGUGCAGUGGUAGCUGCGCUCAACGACCUUGCCUUCAAUCUCGAAGGUUAUAUCUUUAUCCUGUUGAAUGACUUUUUUACCGCCGCUAAUGGUGUUUACAUGAAGAAGAAAUUAGACUCUAAGGAGUUAGGAAAGUACGGACUGAUGUAUUACAAUUCUCUGUUCAUGCUAGGUCCAACUGUCCUGUUAGCAUGGUGGAUGGGUGAUAUAGCCUUAGUGUUAGAAUUUCCCGAUUGGUCGAAUUUGUUAUUUAUUUUACAGUUUAUAUUAUCGUGCAUAAUGGGUUUUGUAUUGUUAUAUAGCAUGCUCCUUUGUACACUGUACAAUUCUGCAUUGACCACUACUAUAAUUGGAUGCUUGAAGAAUAUAUGUGUGACGUACCUUGGUAUGGUUAUUGGUGGAGAUUAUAUAUUUUCGUGGCUCAAUUUUGUAGGAUUAAAUUUAAGUGUGAUAGGUAGUUUAGUAUAUACUUGGGUAACAUUUCGUAAGAGGGAAACUUCACAGUCAAAGUAUACUCUGUUGACUGAACCUCAAAUCAGCAAAAUACAAGCUGUAUAUUCUAAUGGAAAUAAAUUUUAUCUAUUAACUAGAGCACAUGAUCAAACUUCAUUUUCUCCUCACUCGGUUUCAGGCCGUUUCGCGACUGCCUCGGCACGCGAAACAUUUCUGGAGGAUUAUGCCAAGCACCAUGUAUCCCUAUCCUCUCUGCAGCGUGUGCUUCUCACGGCGGGCUCGGCGGUGAUAUCGUUGGCGAACCCGUUUCGAGGUGACAUGAUAGCAUGUCUUGGGGAAACUACCGGUACAAACGCCCUCGUGCAUUGUCAUCGACAGAUGAAGAAUACAGCUGAGGGUCAACGUAUACUCGCGCAAAAGCCACGUGUAAACACGUCCACUGUCGAUCUCUCUUAUCUCCGAGAUCUACCACCAGGAACUGUAGGCAGAACGUAUCGUGAUUUUUUGGAUAAUAAUAAGGUAUCUCCCGACGAGAGAACAAUGGUGCAAUUCAUCGAUGAUAUCGAGCUGGCUUAUGUGAUGCAACGAUAUCGGGAGGUGCAUGAUAUCUUUCACGCUAUGCUUUUAAUGCCUACGACGAUGCUAGGAGAGGUGUCUGUUAAAUGGGUAGAAGCUUUACAGCUGCGCCUGCCGAUGUGCAUAACCGGUGCAAUAUUCGGAGCGAGUCGGCUACGUUCUAGGCAACGACAAUUGUACCUACAUUAUCAUCUUCCGUGGUCUAUAAAUACGGGAUUAAACGCAAAGUUCUUGUUAGGGAUUUAUUAUGAGGAGCGCUGGGAACAGUCUCUCGAGGAUUUUCACAGAGAGAUGAAUAUCACACGUCUCGUAUGAUAAAAAUUUAGUUAAUCGAAAGGUGAAAUUAUAUAAUAAAUAUUAAUAAUGAGACUGUAAAUAAUGACUGUAAUUUAUCAAUGAUUAUUUAGUUAUUUGUGAUAAAACGAAAAAUAAAGUUGUGGUAAACGUUUAUUUCCUUAAUUCGCCAAACCUUUCAAUUUUCAGUGUAAUAUAAUUUCAAAGAAAGCGCUCUAUAAUUUUUUCUUUAGAUUUGUUGAAUAUUUACCGGAUAGUUUCGAAAGCAACACACAUUAUUGAUAUUACAAAUUUGAUUUAAUUAAA